AUUUCAUCUCUAUUUGGUUUGUGACACUGACAGGAACUACACGUGAAAAAAAAUUAAUGCUUGGUUAGUAAAUAUUUUAGUUUGUGUUACGUUAACUACCUAAGCUAGGCUGGAAGGUGUAUUUAAUUUAACCGUUGUAACCUACAAUUAAUCUAGAUGGAAGAAUCUAAAAGCCAGGAUGACAUAGAAGUAAAAUUUAAACCUAAAAAGCCUAGAAAUUUAAGAAAAAGAAUAAAGGAAGAAGAAUCUGACGAUGAGGAAGUUAUAUUGGCAAAGUUGGAAGAGGCAAAGGAAAUACAGAAACUAAGGGAAAGGCCAAAUGGUGUGAGUAUUAUUGCAUUAGCUACAGGACAGAAGAUAACUAUAGAAGAGGAGGUCACAUGCAAAGAUCCUUUUAAAGUGAAAGCUGGUGGAAUGGUCAAUAUGCAAGCAUUAAAGAGUGGAAAAGUGAAGCAAGUUGAUGAUGCAUACGACACAGGCAUAGGAACUCAAUUUUCAGCAGAAACAAACAAACGAGAUGAGGACGAAGAAAUGAUGAAAUAUAUUGAGGAGCAGUUAGCUAAGCGGAAAGAAGGACAUAGCGAUGAACAAAAGGACUCUGAAAAUAAUGACUCAUUGAAGUACUUAUCCCCGGAGGAGGCUGCCUUACUUUCUCUCCCUGAACAUUUACGAGUCUCCUCCACUCAUCGUUCUGAAGAGAUGUUGUCCAAUCAAAUGCUGAGUGGCAUCCCUGAAGUAGAUUUGGGGAUUGAUGCUAAAAUAAAAAAUAUAGAAGCUACAGAAGAGGCAAAAAUGAAACUUCUUUGGGAGCAACAGAACAAAAAGGAUGGACCAUCUCAAUUUGUACCUACAAAUAUGGCUGUGAAUUUUGUACAACAUAACAGAUUUAAUAUUGAUGAUAAUGCUAAGAAGAGAAGAGUGGAAAAAACUGAAAGUGUAAAGCCUGAAAACAGUGUAAUAGACGCUAAUGUAGAUAAAAUUGUGAAAAAAGCUAAAGGCGAAAGGGCGACUGAUGACUAUCACUAUGAACGAUUUAAAAAGCAGUUCAGGAGAUAUUAAGCUGCUCCGUACAAUUUUUAAUGAAGUAAUUCCAAUAAACUACAUGAUCAAGUGUCGUUAUUCAAAUUAUUAUUAAGUGAUGUUCGAAAUGUUGUAUGUUGUAAUUUAUUAUAAACAAAAACGUUUUAUACACUAUUUUUGUAGAAAAAUAAAAUAUAAAGGGUGAAGAAGUAUGUAAAAUGCGUGCUUGCUAAACUUAUUUUGUUAUUUAUAGUCUUGCACAACUGUAUACAACUCUUAAACGUAAUAAAGAUAACAUAAAUACAUACCCUUGCGGGGUAGACAGAGCCAACAGUCGUGUGAGAUAAAGAUAAACUCGAUAAUAAACCACCAUAAUGAUCUACGUACGUAUACAUAUCUUGUCCAGAAGUUAAGUGAGAGAUAAAUACUGAAAACUUGGACAUAAAUAUUGAAUUCUAAUUAAAGCGUUUUUUAAUAUUAAUUAAGAUUUGGCUUUUUUUGAACAGUUUCGCCAUAAAAGCUCGAAGGCGUGCCACGUACUGAGUGAUGCCUGAAGUGGUGUAGUCAUCAUCAGGAGCGAGAAAUUGGCCAGGCAACUGAAGCGGCUCGCCAAGCACGAGUUCGGGUGGACUGGCAUGGAGAUCUUCUUUCCAGGAACAGGCCCAAGGAGGACCAGGGGAAGAGAUUCUGUCCACUGCGAAGAGUAGUGACACAUGGUGGCGGCUUUCAACAGGCGUUGCAGAAUGAGGAGUGGCGUCAGGCGCGCGCUGACAUAAUUUUUUAUUUUCAUAAUUUAAACGACACGCUACAUAUUAAUAAAUAUGUCACUGGCAGUUUGUAAAGGAAAAUGAUAAAAAUAAUUUGUUUAUCCACCAGCAGCAGAAUUGGACUCGAGCUACCUGUAGUUAGGCCUGCAGAGAAAGAAACGUUGUGAAGAUACCUAUGAAUAUUAUAGUAUAAUUUGAAAUAAAAUAGGAUAAAUAUUUCUA